CCAUGCUGCCUGAGCGCAACGCCUACUCCAGUUCCACUCCCUUCCUUUCCCCGAGUUUUUCCCUCGCUGCCGCAAUUUUUCCCUUCCACCACCACCUUACCACCGCCUCUUUUUUUCUUAACAAGCAGCCACAGUUGUUCCGUCGAAUCCGCUACCGUUCCUCUUUCCCUCGCCGAUUCGCCAGCGAAGGAAUUGCAAACUCGUCCACUUCGGCGGAAAUAGGCGCACGGCGGCAUCUUCUCUGUGUUUUGCUGACAGAGGAUACUUUUCGGCUCUGGCCUCCUCUCUCCGCUUUCUCAACACCAACAGCAGCACUAACUUUCGCUGCCUGCCCCCUCCCCCUUCACAACGUGUUACAGACCAGAUAAAAGCAUACACGAAACGUAUAGCCGAUCGAAUGUUUAUCCGACCAUAGCCGAAUUGGCCGAUCGAAUUAUCUAGAAGCAAUCGCCACUAGCUGCUCGUCUUCGCAACCGGGCUGCCUCGGCGCAAGGUAUUACCUCCCCAUUUUGCUACCUGGUCCGGGCCUUGAUUCCAAGGGCCCAGGGACUAGCUAGCAAAACAGGGAGUUAAAAAGAGGCGGGCGCAUGGCUCGAGCAUCGGGUUCAAGCAAGCGGCACUCUGGCGGCGCCGUCCAGCGGGAUCAAAGGCACGACAACUCCUCGUCGUCGGGCAAACGAUCCAGCAGGAAGAGCCAUGGAUCUUCGCAGGGCAACCACAAGGCAGACCAUGGCUCCGCCAUCAGUGCCGCAGCUCAGGCCAAAUUACACUCGGAUGCGUCUCUUGAACACGGCGCCAACAACAAUCUGGUUCGCAGGUACUCCCUCGACGGCAUUUCAGAGACAUCAUCCGACUCGGCAAACUCCCACCAGGCAGCCAAUGGCUCCGUCGACGACAGUCACCGUCAGAUUGACGUCAACGCCUUCAAGAACGUUGACGUCCACCGUGACUCAGGACCACUUCAAUUCGCCGCGACUGUGCUACGGACGCUGCCUCUGCAGGAUACGCUUGCCAUCCUUAUUAUUCUUAUGCAUGUGCCAUCGUUAUCGUUAUCUGCAAUCUACGCCAUCUUCACAUGCCUUACCUUUGUCCCCCCUGUUACCACCAGCUCUGGAAUGAAUAUCAAUAUUGCUGAACUCUUCGAGAGCAGCACCACUGCCCCAUCUCUUGUUACCCUCUGGUGCAUGGACCUCUUCUUCCUGCUUAUAUGGCUCUUUCUGUGGGAGCCUUUGCAGGAUGUUGUCCUCGACUUGGCUAAACCUAUUAUUGCGAUUACCCUUGGCGGAGGCGCCGGCUCGAGAAAUGGAUCCCCGCGCGGCCUCUUUACUUGCUUCUUUUUUGUCAUUGUGCAUCAUAUUAUACGAGGAACAAAGGCAUACUGGAGCAAGCUGGCCCCCUAUAUCCCGCCGACCUGGAGUGCUGCUCUUAGCUUCGGCAAAGAUUUCUCGAUUUCCACCGAACCAUAUCCAGCAGAACGAGAUACUUAUUUCUGGCUGCAGAGCGGCUUGGCGGUACAUAUUCUUACCCAAGGCAUUAUUCGUUAUAUUCGAGACUGGUAUCUCCGUCGAGAAAGAGCCAGCGCCAUUGUCAACGGAACCGAAAGCGAAACCAAUAAACAUAACACGUCAUCGUCAUCCACUGCGGGUGAAGGAGCGCAGGAAAAUGGGCACGCGGCUCAUGACACCGAUGUUGUGACGGCCCACGCGGCCAGCGUAGUCUCAGCCAAGAAGAAGCGAAAGCAAAGCGCCCAGGUGCGCCUUCAGCAGCCGCUGUGGGCAGCUCUCGCCAGUACCAAAAUUGUAGUCGUCAAAGAGUACGAGCUGUCCGAGAGCGUGUCAGACUCUCUCAACGCCAACGCUGUCGAUAUUCACAAUCUCGGAAAUGCACCCUUUGACAAAACGCCCGGCAAGAUCUGGAUUUCCUACGUGGGCGCUGAAGAAGUUUCCUUUAGCACUAGCCACUUCCCCAAAGCUAACACGCAGGUUAUGUGGGCGCAGGCCGGCGGUGAGACGAACCCGGAUAAGCUACGACCGUUUUACGUCCGAGUCAAUAACGCACCAUGGCAACUGACCCGAAUCAACCCUGUCAACAUCAGCCAAGGCGAAAUCUCUGUUGGCUAUCAGACGCAGUGGACAGGCGACAUAUAUGGCCUACGACCCUGCUCAAGAUAUGUCAUUGAAUUUGCCGACUCCCGAACCGACGAAGUCAUCUUCAGCGCCAGCAUUCGCACUGUCAAGGAGUCGAUUCGAAGCAAAGAUGGAAGCGCGCCAAUUCUACCCGAUCCGCCCGUUGUCCAUGACCCGCAGCCGCUCGAACCCGACUCGCCCAUUGUAACUGUCCGAACGUCUAUCGAAGCGGCCCAGCAGCGGCUAGCAGAGGAACGAAACAAGCUAAAGGCGCUGCGGAGGGACCAAAAGGCUCGAUUCAAUGCUCUGAAAAAGGAUGUUGAUGGUGCAGAGAACAUGUAUUCUUCGGCUGGCAACAGUGAUGAUAAACUGAGGGCCAAGAUUCGCCAGCAGGAAACGACCAAGUCCCACUACGAACGCGAAAUCAAAGAGAUCACCAAUCAGCUGAAACACUUUGAUGCCGAACCGGAGCUUUCUGACCGUAAAAAGAAGGCGGAACGAGCGUUUGCAGCCGAGAAGAAGCUAUUUGAGACGGCACAAAAGAACUUCAACGCAUACAAGACGAAGCUUGACAACGAAAUCAAAGAACGCGAGCUCGACCAGACGAACCUUAACUCGAAGCGAAACAAGAUUGCAACCCGAAUUGCCAAAGUCGACAGCGAGAUUGUCAACCUGACGGAUGCUAACAACCGUGGCAUCAAUGAGGCCGAGCGACGAAACCAGGAACGUGUCAGCUUCGUCAACAACAACAGCGCUAUCGAAAAGAACUACGCGGAGCGCAUUGCUGUCGUGAGUGCUGAGAAUGUGACCAAGGCCGAGAAUGUCCAGGCAUUACAACAGCAGGUUGAAGCCGCGCGAAGCUACAUGACCAAUGGCGCAGUCUUGGAUACGGCUGAGGCCCAGGGCUACCAGGGAUCACCCGGUGGAUGGAGCGGCAGUAACGGCGGCGUCGCCAUGAGUUCCUACCCGGCUAGUUACUGGGGACAGACGACAACUUCUGGCGACCUCAUACCCACCAUCGCGCCCUCGCAUGUCCCGGGCCUGUCACCAUGGAAUGCGGCCCCGCAUCAACACCAGCACACCGUCCAGACUAAGCGCGAUCGUAGUGCCAGCAUGCUCAGUGAUGGUAGCCGAGGCUCGCAUUCGAGCGGUGACAGCAUGAACGCACCGUUUUACAAGUCGCAGCCGCAGAUGGCCCGGAUGCAGGCGUUGUUCCACAAUGGCCGAGGCAGUGGAAGUAGCGGCAGCGGCAGCGGCCACGGUAGUAUCGGACCUGACAGCCCCAUCUAGUUCUAGCUAGUUGUGUAGUUGUUCCGCGUGUUAUUUUGAUAGUCUAAGGGUCUUGCAGUUGGUCUGGGAGCUUUUGUUCUCGCCUCCGUUUGCAGCGAACUUUGCAAUAUAUCAUCGCCUUGGCGAGGAAUAAGGCGGACGAAUUGACACAGUUUUUGACUCUUUCUUUACAUAGAAUGGGCUGUUGUAUGAUGCAGUGACUCGUUUGUUCUAGUUCUAGGUGCUACGCAAUGCUAUGUGAAGUAGUGAAAGCUGAUGUCUAGCAGCUCUGUCAAGUCUAGGAACUGUAUCCUGUCGAAGUAGACUAAUUGAUGGGCCAUGAUAACCCUGUGAAGUACCAUAAUCAAGAGUUUAUACACAACACAAGGCAGGGGUGUAGACCGGGAUGCCGUCAUAGCGUUGCAGCUGGGCCGCCGCAGAGAGGUUGUCUUAUGAGAGAGAAUUCCAAGUCUCAUCUGAUAGAUUUGUCUACCUCUCUAGUAUAUAUGGUAAAAAUUUCCCACAAUUCAUUCCUAAUUUUUUU